AUGAACACCCCGCAAAACCGUGGACCCCAGGGACCACCAGGCCCAGCCGGCCCAAGCGGAGGGUUGGCAACACCACACACGGAAGACAUCCGUGAUCGGAUACUUCGACCCGGACAACAAAGGUUCGGAUUCCUCGUAUUUGUCGUAUGGCGUUCUGUCGAUGGGAAGCUCAAGGAACGGGUAGUUGUCGAUCUGAGAGGUCUCAACAAGGAUGUGAUCAAGGACACCUAUCCUUUACCAAGGCCUGACAACAUUCUGCGGUUCGUUGGGGGCGCCGAUAACAAUCAAGUCCGUUAA